AUGCCUCGUGCAGAACCAGGAACACCAAAAUGGCUAGCGAAUAAGAUGAAGGCAAAAGGCCUUCAGAAGUUGAAAUGGUAUUGUCAGAUGUGUGAAAAACAAUGUAGAGAUGAAAAUGGUUUUAAAUGUCAUAGAUUAUCGGAAACACACCAAAGACAAAUGCAAAUAUUUUGUCAGGAUGCAAAUAAAUUUAUGGAUGAAUAUUCCUCUAUGUUUGAAAAAGAAUUCAUGAGAUUAAUGAAGACUAGAUUUUGCAGAACACGUAUAUUGGCUAAUACUGUAUAUACGAAUUUGAUAAGUGAUAAAACCCACAUACACAUGAAUGCUACUGUAUGGGUUACUUUAACUGAUUUUGUUUUAUAUUUAGGAAAAACAGGAAAGUGUAAAAUUGAGCAAACGGAAAGAGGAUGGUAUUUAGAAUAUAUUGAUAGAGAAAAAAUUGAGAGAGAGAAAUCCUUUCAAGAAAGAAAAAAAAUAGAUUAUUCUUAUGAGCAAUUGAAAGAAAAGAGAAUCAAUAAAGCCAUUGAAGAAGCAAAAAAAGAGGGAAAAUUUAUUGAAUCAGAGUAUACAGGAAUAAAAAAAAAAAAUGAUGAAAAAAUUGUUAUAUCAUCUAUUAAAGCAAAAGAUAAUAGCCAAGUAACAAAACCAAGUAUUAACAUAUUUUUAAAUGAAGCUUUAAAAAAGAGCGAAGAGAAGAAAAAAAAAGCAGAUGGUUUAUUGAAUAAACAAGAUAAUGAUAAAAAGGAAUUAUCAAAGAAAAGACCAUUAUCUUCAUUAGAUUUACUUAUUUUAGAAAAUGAAGAAAAAAAAAAAUUAAAAGGAGAUACAUCAGAUUUAAGUAAUUAUCAAAAUAAUAUUGAUAAAACUAAGAAACUUUAUGAAGAAAAUGAAAAAAAAAUAAAUCGAGAUUAUCAAAAUAAUGAAGAUGAAGAUAAUAUAUGGAUUUGCAAAAACAUAGUGGUUAAAGUUGUUGAUAAGAAACAUAAAUAUUAUAACAAAAAAGGUGUUAUAAUAUCAUUAUAUUCAAAUGAUAAAAAAAAAUGUGAAAUAAGAAUGGACAAUAAGGAAAUAUUCACUGCAUAUCAAAAGCAGCUUCAAACAGUUAUACCAAAAAUUGGUAAAGAAGUUUUAAUUUUGAAAGGAAAGUAUAAAGGUUUAAAGGGAAAAAUUAAAAAGAUUUUAGUUGAUGAAGAAGUUGUCUUAGUUGCUUUGGAUGAUAAAAAUUCAAAUGAAAUUAUUACAAAACAUAUACCAUAUGAUGAUGUGAGCAAAUUAUUAUAA